AUGCACAAAUGCCAGUUUUGUGGUCGAAUCGACAAGUAUCCUAGUAAGAUCAAAGCACAUCUGCGUACUCAUACUGGAGAGAAGCCAUUCAAAUGCGAUAUAUGCGGGAUGACGUUUGCACAACGAACUCCAAUGCGACUACAUGUUCGACGGCAUUUGGAUCAAAAACCGUAUAUAUGCAGUAUAGAAGGCUGCGAUCUGCGGUUUGUAUCCGGCGCCUUGUUGAAUUACCAUCAACAAACGAAGCAUUUCCUUACGAAAAGGUACAUCUGCCUGAAAGGCUGUGGAAGAUUUUUUGCAAGUGCUAGAAAUCAGCGGAAUCAUGAAGCGAGGUGCUUCUACAAUACAGAGCAAGCUCAUGAUUUUGGCGAUGCGAUCUAUGAGCAACUUGUUUAUAAUGAUCAAGAGGAAGAAGAGGCUAGUGAUCAUGAGAUAAACGAAGAACUCGAGGAAGCGUUAGAGACUGUAGAACACACGUUGAUCGACUCUCAUGAGAAGCGAAUAGAGGAAGACAAGGUAUUCAGCGGGAGUUGA